UAUUUCCUAUGCAGAUGGGUUUUUUUACUGCUUUACCUGGUAAUAACCCUGAGGAUGAUGAUAUGCUCCUGUAUGCGGAUGACGUCACUGCUGAAGGCAAUGAUGCUGUCACGGAUUUAACUACAAACAAGACAUUGGAAUGUUCUGUGAUCUUAAUUGAUACAGACUCCAAUGAAUCAGCCAACUUGACUAAUGAAACUCAAGUAAUCUCUUCACCUAGCAUUCUCUCUGGCGAUAGCUCCAGGGUAGGUGAACCGACCAAGAAAAGGAUGUAUAGAUGCCGCAAAUGUGGGAAAAGCAAGAAAGGGCAUGCCUGCCCGAUGGAUUCAAAUACGAGCUCAGAAGACAGCGUGACUAUGGAUGAACCGAGGGAAGGUUCACGUAGGGCUUCCAAUAAGCUAAACCUCACACGUUUAGCUCAAAGAGUUGACGGUGAUGAUUCUUCUGAUCCUGACUGGGUUACCUCGAGAAGAAUCGAUGGAUCAUCGAUGCGAACUUCGCCGAGACUGGUGACCCGGAAGAGGGCCAUUUCCACAAAUAUAGCUGAAAUAGACGAAAAUAUUCCACCAAAAAAAGCUAGGAAAUUAUACGAGUGCCGUUACUGCCAUGUACCUCUAAAGGGACACAAGUGUCCACACAAGCUCAUCAACCGACAAAUACGGCAACUGUCUGAGACAGCGAAAAUAAUACUGGACCGCGUAGACCAAGAAUAAUGCUGAGUUAGCUCGGCUGGCCAAGUUACAGUGCACCGAGUCAUUUUAUAUUGUGGUCAUCGUUUUGUCUUAUGUUUUUACAACGCAAUGCGUUGUAUUACUUUUAUGUCAUUUAAACGUACUGUUUUACUAU